AUGCCUAGACACCACCACCCCAAGCACACGUCCCACUCCUCCGAGCCCGGCCAAAAGUCCACUGAUACCUCCAGCAACGAAUCCCAAUUCCCUGACUCCAUCCGCUUAGAUCCUUCUCUCGUCCAUCUAGAUGGCCGCACCCUAGAAGGCGGUGGUCAACUCGUCCGUGUAGCGCUAACCCUCUCAGCGCUAACCAACAUUCCCAUUCACAUCCACAACAUCCGGGGCAAUCGUUCUAGCCGCUCUUCUAGGAAAGGUGGUGGAUUGAAAUCGUCGCAUCUGGCCGCAUUGGAGUUUCUAGCCGGAGCUACCGCAGCAAAAACCCUGGGUGCCAGCGUUGGAAGCACGGAGGUUGUGUUUGAACCUGAAAGGGAUAAGCAAUUGCUUAGAGAUGGAGCAAAAGCCGAGGUUGGAGAAGGGAAAGUGGAUAGGGCGUAUGAGAUCCGGCUCGACAAGCCGGGCAGCGUGUGGUUGAUCCUUCAGGCUAUCCUACCUUACGUGAUAUUUGCUGCGUCAGAACAUGUCCCGAUGCAGUUGAUCAUAACGGGUGGGACGAACGUGCCAAAGAGCAUGAGUGGUGAGUACGUAAAGCAAGUGAUGUGCCCCAUGUUUGAGAAGAUCGGUUUGCCAAGUAUCGAUGUUGAUAUUAAGAGAAGAGGCUGGACUCACGGAAGGGCUAUCCAGAUUGGAGAGGUGGCUAUCAAGGUGCAUGCAUUAGAGAGAGAUGCGAAGUUACGUCCCUUCGAGCUGAAGAAGCGAGGAGCGAUAUCAAGAAUCGCAAUUACAGCCCUAGCGGGCACUGAAGCAAUGAGAUCUGCCCUUGUCAAAAAAGCAACCGAUCAUGUCCGUGAAAAGUAUCCGCAGCUCGAACCGCCUGAAAUCGUGGUGAAUGAAGACUCCGGUGACCCCAAACGUCUCUAUCUACUCCUCGUAGCCCACACCUCUAACGGCUGCAUGUUGGGCAGAGACUGGCUCUACGAUGAGAAGAUCAAAGGCGCGCUCAAUGAGUCGCAAACCGAGCUGAUAGCGGAGAAGAUGGUGCAAAGGGUCGUCGGCGAGCUGGCUGCUGAGAUCGCCCACGGUGGAUGCGUGGACGAGUACAUGCGUGAUCAAUUGGUGGUCUUUCAGGCUCUUACGAAUGGACCAACUCAUGUUGAUGGCGGCGCUGGCACUGGGGAUGGCAGUCUACACGCGAGGACCUGUCGAUGGGUUGCAGAGCAGAUUCUGCCAGACCAAGCAAGCUUUGACGCCGAAGGAGGCUGUCGGGGCGUGGGGUUUGCCGCUGGGGAAAUCUUCGAGGAGAGGAAAGGUGUGGAGAAGUGA